GUCUACUAUCAGCGCGCGCAGAAAGCGCGAGGCGACUCCAAUGGAAAAACGGAGAGGCGCGUAUUUCACAGCACUGGGGAUGAUAUCUGUUCUGAACGCAAAGGAGAAAAGGUGGAAAAGUUGUCGAUUUCUCUGAUUAACUUGCAUGAGACUUCAUCUGAUCUCAGAAGGGAGGGAAGAAAAAAAAAGAAAAGAAAAAGAAGAGUGAGAGGUCUUCCAACGCUCUCUGGACCUGCCGUCUGGCUUGGAUUAUUUCUGCUGCGGUUGCCAGCUCUCUGGGAAUACUUUUAUAUGGCACACGCUAAUGUCUGGGCAGAUGCAUGAUAUUUGUCCGUGCACGGAGCUCUACAUUUGUCCCACUAUCAGAACCCUGAUUUUCAACAGGUCCCUGCAGACCUAAACGUUCGUUACACUCAUUACCUGCAAUACAGAAUUGUGUUUUCUUGUCGUUGCUGGGGGACACGUUUAACUAUGUUUGGCUUCAGUAAAGUUCUUGUGUCGCCCCGGAUUCUCAAGAGAUCUGCCGUUGCUUCCGGAAGCUCAGGAUUAAGACAUUUAAUCAGAAGCGGUUCAUCCUCACCCUGCGGUACUCGUGCCUCCACACGGUUGUGUUGCGCGCUCAUAUUCCUCCUGCUCAUCCUCACACCUCGCGUGGACUCGUCCUGGUGGUAUAUUGGUGCCCUCGGGGCCCGUGUAAUCUGUGACAAUAUUCCUGGGCUGGUCAAUAAACAGAGACAGUUGUGUCAGAAAUACCCAGACAUCAUGCAGUCGAUUGGGGGUGGAUCUAAAGAGUGGAUUCGAGAGUGCCAGCAUCAGUUCCGCAAUCAUCGCUGGAACUGCAGCGCCUUGGACAGAGACCAUACUGUAUUUGGAAGAGUCAUACAACGCAGCAGUCGUGAGGCGGCAUUCGUAUACGCAAUCUCCUCGGCAGGAGUGGUGUUCACCAUUACCCGUGCCUGCAGUCAGGGGGAGCUAAAGACAUGCAACUGUGACCCGCACAAGCGUGGCCGGGCCAGCGACGAACGAGGGGAGUUUGACUGGGGUGGCUGCAGUGAUAACAUCAACUAUGGGAUAAAGUUCGCCAAAGACUUUGUAGAUGCAAAAGAGCGAAGUGUGAAGGACGCACAUGCACUCAUGAACCUUCAUAACAGCCGCUGUGGGAGAAUGGCUGUAAAGCGCUUUAUGAAACUGGAGUGUAAGUGUCACGGUGUCAGUGGGUCAUGCACUCUGAGAACCUGCUGGUUGGCAAUGUCCGAUUUCCGUAAAACAGGCGAUUACCUACGCAAGAAAUACAAUGGCGCCAUCGAGGUCACCAUGAACCAAGAUGGGACAGGAUUCACAGUAGCUAAUAAAGACUUCAGGAAAGCCACCAAAAAUGACCUGGUUUACUUCGAGAACUCUCCGGAUUAUUGCCUCGUGGACAAAGCUGCAGGUUCAUUGGGUACUGCCGGUCGGGUUUGUAACAAAACAUCCCGGGGUACCGACGGCUGUGAGGUCAUGUGUUGUGGGCGGGGCUACGAUACCACACGCAUAAAACGCAUCACUAAGUGUGAGUGCAAAUUUAAAUGGUGUUGCGCCGUAGAGUGCAAAGACUGCGAGGAGGCCGUCGACAUUCACACCUGCAAAGCUCCUAAGCGUGCUGAAUGGCUGGACCAGACCUGAGACAAGCCCACUUCCUCCCGUUCCUCAGGAUUUUGUCCACGGCAUUCUGGGAUCUGAAGUCCAUUCCUUACAAUAUUUUUCCCCCAAUCCCUCGUCUUCGUUGCAUGGCUUUAUUUGAACUGUUUUUGUGAAAGCACUACAAAUUAAAUCUACAUUUCCCAUGAGCGCCUUGCACACAAUGCCCGAUAUGGCAGAUUUAACUCUCUUUCUUCUUAUCUCUUUGUUUGUUUUUAAUUGAUUUGAGGACAAUAAUGGAUUCGAGAUUCAAGAACAACAUGUGCUCUAUCUUUUUGAUGUAUUGUUUGCUAUGUUUUGAUGUGAGAAAUUUGUUCUAUGAGUGUUGUUAUGUGACAAAAAGUGUGCUGCUUUUAAAAUAAUAUUUUAAACUGACUCUGAGCCUAUCGCAUAUUAUCAUGGCUAAUAGCUGAAUAUGUAAAAGUUAUUGAAAACACCACUGUGUACUAAACAUCCAUCACAUGCCCAUACUGAACAGUAUUUUACUUUGUCCUACAUUAAUACUGAAUAUAACAGAAUUAAUGUGGCUCAGUUGACAUAAUAGAAACAGCUCUGUUCAUCACAUGAAUUCCUGUCAGAAAGCUUCUCUGGAAUCUACAGAGGAUUUUAAAUAUUAAUUAUAUAAAUGAGUCUGCAAUUCGGGCAGUUUAGCAAAAAUGAUGGUAUUAAAAAUGUCAUGAUUACAAGUGAACAUAUGAAGAAAGCUAUUUACAUCUGUGACUGGUAGAGGUGUAAAUGCUCUUCAGCUCUCCUAUGC